AUGGGUAACUGCCACGGCGGGCGGCUUAUGACCAAAAACGGCCUGGUAAGGUUGGAGCGGCCAGAAUGUGCAGUGGACUUUUUUGGGUUGUUUACUUCCGUGUUUGUCAAUACAGCUGAGAAAUCCGAGACAACCAUCGUUGUUGUUUUCCAACUUCUGUAUUGUUUGCGCCAAAUACUACCUGACUAUCUUCCCAGACCAAUCUUCUACAGCGAGACGCCGUUCGUCACCCGUUUCGAUAAUCUCUCCCCUUUUCCAAGCUCGACACUCCCUUUACCAACGGCUUCUUACGAAAAUCCUUUGUCCAUUGUGCUACUGAAACCUGCAACGUCCACCAUUAGCUUGGCUCCCGCUCGAGAACACAAAGGCAGCCGACCCACGUUGGCCUCUAGAACGUUGGGCGACUCGUGGAAGGAACGCCAUAGCGGCCCAGAACAAAAAGGCAUACGAAACGCAUCGCUUCGAGGCUCGAAGUCGUUGAACGGUUCCUAA